UUUGUUGCCGAAGCCGGAUGGCCAUACGUGGCAGGCGUGUGUCUGUACUUUAUUAACUGGCAUGAAGAGAGAAAGGAGAGCGCCGGGAGAGAGGAAGACCGGCGACAAGUGUUGGGCCCAGUUCCCAUAUAAGAAGAGUAGACAGUUGAGCGGUUAGAGAAGAGUUUCCCACAGACCAUGGCCUCGGCUAAAGAGAAGGAUAUGGAUGAAAGACUGGCACACCUUAAACAGGAGGACUGUGAGUGGGAGGCACCCAAGCAGUUGUGUGUAAAGCGGGAGGAUUGCGAUGGGGCCACUGUUAAAAAGGAGGAGUGCAAAGAGGAGCUUGUGGAGAUUAAAAUGGAGGAUUCUGACGAUUUCUCUUUUAGUCUUGACCUCCAAGUCCAUGAAACUGGGCAUAUUAUCAGGCAAGGUAUCUGUGAAGAAUCCCAUUCCGGUUUGAAACCCUGGUUGCAUAAUAAGGGACAACUGACCGCCCCGCUGAAUAUCUUGGAACUGAAGUCUGAGCUGUUUGAGUUGGAGGAGGAAAUUGAAGAAGGAAACGGCAGAGAAGGAGAAGAGCAGCAGUCAUCUGGGAGUGUGGGACUAAAUUUCCACAAGGAUGGCACCCUCUCCCCGCUUUCAUUUACUCAGCCCUGUCUUCAGCACAGAAUCCAACAGAAACAAGAACACGAGAAGAUGAAGAAAUCAACAAGAGAACCAGAUAACGUGACAGCAGCCUCUUCUCAAAACAGUUCUCUUCCUACUGGUAAAAUAACGCAGGCAGAAGCCGUUAACAUUGAUCAACAGCGACCCCUUAAUACACAUGAAGAGGUUUUUCAUGCAAGCCUUAAAUCGAUUCCUAUGAAAAAGAAGCCAUACUCAUGUUCUGAAUGUGGCAGACUAUUUUCACGUAGUGACAGUCUCCACAAUCACAAACGAAUUCACACUGGAGAGAAACCUUAUUGCUGUGUCGAAUGUGGCAAAAGAUUCUCACAAAUAAGCAAUCUUCACAGCCACACAAAAAUCCACACAAGAGAAAGGCCUUUUUGCUGCUCUGAAUGUGGCAAACGAUUUUCACGUAACAGGACUCUUCAAAAACACAUACGGAUUCACACUGGAGAGAAACCUUAUUCCUGCUCUGAAUGUGGCAAAAGAUUUUCACAAAGUAGUACUCUUCAGAGCCACAAAAGAACUCACACUGGAGAAAAACCUUAUUGCUGUAGUGAAUGUGGCAAACGAUUUUCUCAUAUCAGCAGUCUUCAGCAGCACAAACAUAUUCAUACUGGAGAGAAGCCAUAUUGCUGUAGUGAAUGUGGCAAGAGCUUCUCCCAUAACAGUAGUCUUCAGAAUCAUGUAACCGUUCAUACUGCGGACAAACCUCAUUUUUGUUCUGAAUGUGGCAAAGGAUUUUCCCAUAUUAGCAAUCUUCAUAAGCAUGCAAAAACUCACACUGGUGAGAAACCUUACUGUUGCUCUGAGUGUGGUAAAAGAUUCUUACAAAUUUGCCACCUUCAACGCCAUAUCAAAAUUCAUACUGGAGAAAAGCAACAUUGUUGUACUGAAUGUGGCAAACAGUUCAUAGAAAUGAGCCAGCUUCAGAGACACAUCAGAAUUCACACUGGAGAGAAACCUCACUGUUGUUUGGAAUGUGGCAAGCGAUUCUCAGACAGAAGUAAUCUUUAUAAACAUAACAGAAUUCAUACUGGGGAGAAACCUCACUGCUGUUCUCAAUGUGGGAAAAGAUUCUUAGAAAUAAGCCAUCUUCAGUGCCAUAUCAGAAUUCAUACUGGAGAGAAACCUUAUUGUUGUUCUGAAUGUGGUAAAAGGUUCUCAAACAGCAGUGGCCUUCGUAGUCGUGAAAGAAUUCAUACUGGUGACAAACCUCAGCUGUUCUGAAUCUAGUAAGCAUUUUUCAGACGGCAGGAGUCUUAGUAGGCACUUGAGUACUCACACAGAAGAGAACCCCCAUUGCUGUGCAGAGUGUGGCAAAUGAUUCUCACAAAUGCGCAGUCUUCAGACCAAUGUGAGAAUACACAUUGGAGAAAAAAACUUUUUGCAGUUCUGAAUGUGGCAAAUGCUUUUCCUAUAAUACUACGCCACAGCAGCAUGCACACAUUCAUAUAAAAGAAAGUCCAUAUUGCUGUUCUGAAUGUGGCAAAAGAUUUUCCAACAGCAGUCUUCAGGAACACUUAAGAAUUCACACUGGUGAAAAACCUUAUUGUUCUGAAUGUGGCAAACUAUGUUCCCAUCAUAGCAGUUUUCAGAAACAUUCAAAACUUCAUAAAGGAGAAAAACCUUAUUGUUGUUCUGAAUGUGGGAAGGGAUUUUUACUUCUGAGUAGGGUUCAUAAUCAUGUAAGAAUUCACAGUGGAGAGAAACCUUAUUGUUGUCCUAAAUGUGGCAAAUGGUUCUUGGACAUAAACCAACUUCAGAGCCACAGCAGAAUUCAUACUGGAGAGAAACCUCUCUGCUGUUUGGAAUCUGGCAAACGAUUUUCACACAGUAGUAAUCUUCAUAAUCACAUGAAAAUUCAUACUGGAGAAAAAACUUGUUGCUAUUCUGAAUGUGGAAAACAAUUUUCACAAAUAGGUCACCUUCAAAGCCACAUCAGAAUUCAUACUGGUGAGAAGCCCUUUUGUUGUACCGAAUGUGGUAAGCGUUUUUCACGUAACAGUGGCCUUCGUAGCCAUAAAAGAAUUCACACUGAUGAAAAGCCUCAUAGCUGUUCUGAAUGUGGCAAAUGUUUCACAGACCGGAAGAAUCUCACCAGCCACAUGAAAAUUCACACCGGCGACAAACCGUAUUUCUGUUCUGAAUGUGGUAGAUGUUUCACUCACAGAAGCAGUCUUCUUAGCCAUAUAACAACUCACUCUAGAGCAAAACUAAACUCUGAUUUUGAAGUGGCAAGCAAUUCUCAAAAGAAUGCCACAUGGGAAUUCAUGCUGGAGAAAAACUGUACUGUCGUUCAGAAUGUGGCAAACGAUUCUUCCAUAGUAUUGGUCUUCAGGUACACAUGAGAAUUCAUACCAGAGAUAAUCUGAUACAGUCAGAAGGGCUGGACCUGGCUAAAUAAAAUUAUCACACAGAACAAUAUUGUGUUUAAUAAUAGCUUAACAUGGGCUAACUGAGGAGUGUCCUUGUUUUAUGGAAUCGUAAACAUGCAAAACCCACCUUUUAGUUUGAUGCAGUUUAUGAAGGCACCCGUGAAGUUCUGAAAACUGUGCUGCAGAUAAAUCAGACUGCAUGUGUGGUCAUAUAGAAAGAUGUAAGCAACUCUGUCCACGAGCUUUGCAGUUUUAAUAAUGUGAAGUGUUCAUUAUUUUAUACCGAAAGUUACAGUCUCAAAAAUUGAAUUUGUAUUCAGCAUUUAAUCCUUAUAAUGCAAAAUAAACAUGUCAGCUCUGACUGA